ACUACCUUUUUUUGUAGCUUCGUCGACCCUCGUCUGAGAGGUUCUAAGCCAAUAUUUACAAGUUUUUUUCGACUGUGGAGUCGGUCUUGGGCUCCUUCGGUAUUAAGGAUGUAAGUGGAGACACGUGGAUGUAGUUUGGCCCGCCUAUGGCUUUUGUUUGAGUUCGUUUUUCACUAGAGCCUCAAUGUUUUCGCCCAACAUGGAAACAAAAAGAUUAGAGAUCCCCUCUGGAAUACUGGACGACCUCUGCAGUCGAUUCAUUCUACACAUUCCCAGUGAGGAAAGGGACAACGCUAUCCGGGUGUGCUUCCAGAUUGAGUUGGCACACUGGUUUUACCUUGACUUCUGCAUCCCGAACACUCCAGCCGCUCCUCACUGUGGGAUAAGAGACUUUGCCAAAGCUGUAUUCCAACACUGCCCUUUCCUUUUGCCCCAUGGAGAAGAUGUGCAGAAAGUCCUCGAACAGUGGAAAGAGUACAAGAUGGGUGUCCCUACUUAUGGCGCAAUCAUUCUUGAUGAGUUAUUCGAGAGUGUAUUGCUUGUUCAGGGCUACCUUGCAAAGUCAGGCUGGGGCUUUCCCAAAGGGAAAGUGAAUGAGGAUGAAGCGCCUCAUGAUUGUGCCGUUCGUGAAGUGUUAGAAGAAACAGGCUUUGACAUUAAGAAUUGUAUUGACAAAGAUAUGUACAUAGAGCAGAAAAUCACUGACCAGCUUGUGCGGCUCUAUAUCAUACCAGGAGUAUCCAAGGAUACAAAGUUUUAUCCCAAAACGAGAAAAGAAAUCAGGAAUAUCGAGUGGUUCCCGAUUGAAAAGCUACCAUGUCACAGGAACGACAUGACCCCAAAGUCUAAACUUGGACUUGCCCCCAAUAGGUUUUUCAUGGCCAUUCCAUUCAUAAGGCCGCUAAAAGACUGGAUUAGCAGGCUGAAAGGCGAGCCUCCAGAUAGUGAUGACGACUUUGCAAGCAAUGGCACCACUCCGGGCAAAACCUCAGACAAUACACGAUCCAAAUCCCGGCGCAUCACUGCUAUUGAAGUAUUUUCUGGAGAUUGCUAUACCAAAUACAAGCAGCAGCAGAAGGAGCUGAGCCAAUAUGAGCUGAACCAGAGCCAACACUUAAAAGGCAAUGGGAAGAAAUCCCAGGAGUCAUCUUAUCUGAAGAAAGGACUAAAUGAAAAUGGAUUCAGCAGCCAGCAGAAGGAAGAUAAACGGGUCAUUUCCAGAAGACUACAAGACAGAUUUGAGAAAGGUGGGAUUUCAUGCAGUUCUUUUAAUGGUCAACAGACUGUCCAUCAAAAAGACUUGGAGCACCUUCUGUCAUCCAAAACGUUCCUCAGUUUUAAAUUUGACAAAGAUGCCAUCAUGAGAUGUUUUGACUUCUGAAGGUUAAGAAAUGUACACCUGAUAUUUGUUUCAUGCCAGUUUUACAUGACAACACAGCGUAAGGACAGUUUUCAUCCAGCAACCUUCCUCAGUGUGGACUUUUGACAUUUGUUUGACAUUUGAGUACCGUAAUUUCCGGACUAUAAGUCGCUCCAGAGUACAGGUCGCACCAGCCAAAAAAUGUCCAAAAAAGUAAAAAAAAACAUAUAUAAGUCGCUCCGGAGUAUACCGUUUUUUUCCAUGUAUAAUGCGCAAAAUGUAACUAAUUUAUUGUCCUAAAAUCUGGGGUGCGCAUUAUACAUGGGUACAUUAUUUUUUUUUUAUUAUUAUUUUUUUUAUCAUACGGAGGCCGCCAUUACAGAUGCGCUUUCUUCUCUGCUGUUCACUUCAAUCACGCUCCAUACGAACACAAUGCUCUCGUGUCAGACGCUUGCUCGAUCACCUGCUCGUUUGCUGUCACAAUGUACCCUCAGUGCCGGCUCUACGCAGGGGCAAGAGGGGCCAACGCCCCCUCAAACAGAUGUCCUGCCCCCUCGAAUCAAACUUUUAGAAGUGAAAAAUCCGCUGAUAGAAACACACGUUAAUCAGCCCCCUCUCUUCUCUCGUGUCGGUGCAGUGUGUGUCCUCACACAGCCUGCUGUCAGGACUCCGCGUCCCUCCGUAAACAUCCAAUCACUGUGAGUAUGCAAAUGAGGCAAGACGCAGCCAGAGAGUGUCAAGUUACAGUCAGCGCGGUAGGAGUUGGAAGAAGCAGUAAAAACUCCACCAAACUCGGCGUAAUGACCCGUGGUAUAACUAAUGAUUAACGACAACUCAAAUAAUAGUUAAUAUAACAUUCAUAUUAUAUGUUCCCACCCCUGAGAGAUUGCCACCUUAUUGUGGUCAGGGGGUUUGCGUGCCUCAGUGACCCUAAGAGCAAUACCAGCAGAAGCUUUAAUCUUCAGGUGGGACACCCAAGCUGGACAGGUCUUAAGUGUAGAGGCCUGACAGAGUGCAAUCCACCUCUCCAGGUUGAGAUCUGGACACACAGCUAACAACUGCAGUGUUAAAAAUGUGUAAAUAAAAAAAGAACAUGCCCCAUUCACAUUUCUGACUGCCCCCGCUUAUGUGCAUUCCUAGAACCGGCCCUGUGUACCCGACACAAAUCCGAAACAUUUCUUCGCUAUUGAGUUUGCUAGCGCAUGCGCAGUGAUACUGACCGGCAGAAUAACAUUUGGUUGUUCCCAAAGAUGAUCUCUUUUCUGAAAUAAUUUUACGUUUACGGACUUAAGUAGGAGUCAAAAUUUGGGUGCGGAUUAUACAUGGGUACAGGCUUUUUUCCAGCAUCAACAUGCCAUUUUUAGGGUGCGUAUUAUACAUGGGGGCGCAUUAUACAUGGAAAAAAAACCGGUAAGUCGCAUAUUGGGGGGCAAUUUAAUCGGCAAAAUCCAAGAACAGACAUGAACGUGCAACAACAGGCUAAACCAGGGGUGGGCAAACUUUUUGACUUGCGGGCUAAACUGGGUUCUAAAUUUGGACCAGAGGGCCAAACCAGGAGCAGAUGGAUGUAGUGUUUGUGUGAAGUAAUAUAAACGACCUGUAAAGGUCAUUGCAUAAAAGGUUUUGGCCUUUAGUAGGUAGUAAAGCAUGGAUAUUCAAAAAAAGUUUUUGGAAACAUGCUUGGUAGGCCGAUUAAAGACUCUAAAUUGUCCCUAGGUGUGAGUGCGAGUGCGAGUGCGAAUGGUUGUUUGUCUCCGUGUGCCCUGCGAUCGGCUGGCAGCCGGUUCAGGGUGUCCCCCGCCUACUGCCCGAUGAUGGCUGGGAUAGGCUCCAGCGCUCCCGCGACCCCCGUGGGGACUAAGCGGUUCAGAAAAUUGAUGGAUGGAUUAAAAAAAAAAUAAAAAAAAUCACUAAAAAACUGCUUUCAGUGAUUCUCAUAAAAUACGACACUGUUAUUAUGAAUAACAGUCUCCAUCACUUCAGUGCCUGCAGGUCAGAUUAAUGAAAGAUGUUUAUUUUAUGAGAUCACAUCAAACGGCAAACAUUCUGACCAAAUAUAUCAUCUUGAAGAAUCAGUGAAGGCAUACGUCCAAAUAAAGUACCGUAUUUUUCGCACCAAAAGGCGCACUGGAUUAUAAGGCGCACCUUCAAUGAAUUUUUUAUUUUAGAAAUUAUUUCAUAUAUAGGGCGCACCGGAUUAAAAGGCGCAUAAAAUAGGAGCUAUACUGCAACAAACUGAGGUUGACUAGGGUUUCGGUAUGCAUCCACUAGCCAAUAACUUAUGAGCCCUCUGUAAACAAUCGCGUUUCUCAAACGAUCUCCUAUAAAAUGAUCGGAACUGACUAAAGUUCGAUCUAACACAUUGGUACUGCUUACCUAUGUUUCCCUUCCAUAUCAAUCCAUAAAUUUACUCGAAACAUUAACGGAGCAGCCUAUUUUGAAAUGAAAUAGCCUCGCGGGUACAACAGCUAUUCGGUGACGCCCCCUGACUACAGUUGCCGUAAUGUUGGGAAGCGAUGCGACCUUGUAAUAUACUAGUCGUACUAAAACGUACUGAAACAUUUUGGCAGAGCACUGUGUACAACCAGUAUGGAUCAACAAAUUCAUCAAUUGAUCCACAUAUAAGGCGCUCUGCAUUAUAAGGCGCACUGUUUUUUUGAGUAAAAUGAAAGUUUUUAAGUGCACCUAAUAGUGCGGAAAAUAUGGUAAUCAAAACGGCAACACGGUGAGGGGUAUCUGAAAAUCAGAGCAGAGUUUUAACUCACAAACACCUGGUAACAGAGGUGAGGAAACGGGAAACACUUCCUUAAAGUAAGCCUUAAGAACUUUACAGGUUGAGAUUACCGUUUUUUUCCGUGUAUAGUGCGCAAAAUUUAACGAAUUUAUUGUCCUAAAAUCUGGGGUGCGCAUUAUACAUGGGUACAAAAACAUUUUAAUUUUUUUUUUUAAAUUUCUUUUUUUUUUUUUUUUUUUUUUUUAGAAAACAAAACCAACAACAGGACUGACCGACAAAGUCGUGGAACAAAAAGACAGGGUGACAUUACCAAAGACAGGAACAGAAAGCAAACAGACAUCAUGACAGUAACACAUGCAAUGAUCCGACGGUGAGCGAGGGGCAGACAGGACUUAAAUACAAAACACGUUACAUCGAUUGAGGUGACACAGGAAGAGAGGGGCGACGCGAACAGAAACUAUGGCAACCUAGACACAUAGCAAAACUGGGGACGAGACGUGACAAAUGUCCCUCGAAAUGAAACUUGAAAUCACCAAGUUUUGGUUUCCAAGGGUGUUUUUAUUCCUCUUCAACGUCUCUCCCAUACAGAGCCGCCUUUUUCACGUCCGCACGCCUCUUUCCCGUGCGCGCACGGAGCGCGGUGGUGCGUUUAUGGGCAGUCGGAGAAAUCAACGCCAACAAAAAAAAUUACAUCCAGCCUAGUUAAAACCAUACCUAAGACUAUAAAAAUGGGACCCAUUGCCUCCCUGCGUGUGUGACGAUCAUUGGGACUUAAAAAAAAAAAAAAAAAAGAUUCAUAAAAAAAAAUUCAUAAAAAUUGGGUGCGUAUUAUACAUGGGUACAGGCUUUUUUCCAGCAUCAGCAUGCCAUUUUUAGGGUGCGUAUUAUACAUGGGGGCGCACUAUACACGGAAAAAAACGGUAGUCGCAAACAGGUGGUGCAUCAAUGUCCUUGAGCAUCCUUCAUUGUUUGAAAAUGAGAAUGGUCGCUAGUUUCAAUCCCUGCUAUUUGUAAAAAUCAUAUUCUAAAUGCAUUUUUUUUACAACAAACUUGAGAGCCUCCCCUUCAUUUUCAGUGGGAACAGUGUUGGUCUCCCUUUUUUGCUAGUGCGUCAUAGUCUGGAGUAAAAUUUGUUGUGGCAAUUCUUAGGAGAGAUCCGAGGUGUUGGUCCGUUUACCUCGAUCUGUGACGGGUUGAUGUUCAUGUGGCUGAACGUCACGUUGCGUACGUCGAGCCAAAUUGGCCACUCUUCUUUUAAACACUCGGCACUCAGUGUCCACCUUGCUUUUCCUUGAGCGACUCAUUUUAAUGGAAGGAUUCCAGGGGAAGGUUUGUGGAUGGCUUUAGCGUAAAACUGUAUCUGAAAGCUCAGCGCGCGAAUUACAAGAAUGCUGUCGUCACAGCCCACGCUCUGAAUUCGGCACUGAUACAAAUAGAGCGCGAGUGCGCCAUGUCCGUACUACUGAGUACGUACACGCACUUGAGUGUGCACCAAGCUUUCUGACACGGCUUCCGGUAGUAAAUGGGCAGGCGAGCGCUUCUCCAUCUACUGGGGAAACGCAGUCAUUGCAGGCAAAAUGACCCAAAAAAAUGUUUAAUAAUACAAUUUAUUCAGGGUUGGCGGGCCGGAUUAAACGGUCCCGUGGGCCGGAUGUGGCCCGCGGGCCGUAGUUUGCCCAUACCUGGGCUAAACGAUACGGUAUGCUAACGUGACAAACACAAACGAGGAGCUGAGAACGGGCCUGACGUAACAUUCAGAGUUAUUUAAAAAAACUAUUCCAUAAAUAACACGUUUAUAAAACCAUCUGUGUCACUCCAAUUCAUUAAAUCCAUUGAUUGUCCUUUGUCAACAAUGCCGUAUGCCGCGCCGCAGUUCAAAUUAUUCCACAGGCCCAUACAACGAUAUCUAAACUAUAUUUUAAAUAACUAUCACAUAAACAAUAUUAUCAAACCAUUUGUGUCACUCCAAAUCAUUCAAUCCAUCGAUCAAAUUUCUCGUCCUUUAUGUCAACAACGCCGCGCGUGAGCAUCUGACGUCAGCCUCGUCGGUCAGUUGCAACUCCUUUUAUUCCACAGAUGUAGUAUAUAAAUAUAUUGUAGCGUUAACAAAGUACAAGGGAAGACGUGGGUUUGAUAAACGGCCCUUUAUUUAACAAAACAAGAGUUCAACGAGCCAACAACUAUGAACUGUAACGAUAAAACAUAUAGAAGUUGCUACACGAAAUAAUAUAUAUAUCAAAUAACUAUAACAAAAAUAACAAUUAUUUCCAAACCUUCUGCGUCACUCCUAAUUAUUAAAUCCUUCAAACUCUUCGUCCUUCGUGUCACUUUCAAACAAAGCCGCGACUGAUGCCGGUAGUACGUGGGUCCCUUCGUCAUCUCAGUCGCUGACGUCAGACUUCUCGUCAGUUUCCGUUGGAAUUAUUCCCGUUUUUCUAAAUCCUGACAGAAUGAUUUUAGGUGUAACCGAAGCCCACGCUUUGUCGAUCCAUCCAAUGACGUCCAGGAGUGUUGCACGUCGCAUUCUCCCGGUUGCCGUGAAGCUGUGUUCUCCGUCCACCAUCCACUGCUCCCACAGGUUACGCAGAACUGCUUUAAAGCUCCUAUUCACGGAGACGUCAAGUGGCUGAAGUAUUUUAGUACAGCCUCCAGGGAUGAUGGCAGGUAUUGAGGCUGUUUAAUUUCUCUUUUAUCUGUGGCGUGAUAUGCGCUCUCAUGCUGUCCAUCACAAGCAGAGCUUUGUUCUCUCUGAAGAAGCUCCGAUUUUCGCCAAUCCCUCACAAGUUUCUCACUAACUCCAAACUUUCUUUCUGCUGCUCGAUUACUGUUUUCGGCUGCAUAUUUUACAACUUGAAGUUUGUAACCUGCAGAAUAUGAGUUUGUUUUUGGUGCCAUUUUUGUUAAGCCCUUCCCAGUUGAGUCACGGCCAACGGUGAAAUUUAGAGCGGCCUCAUCCAGUUUCGUCUGAAAAUAACAGUUUUGUCAAUUUCUUCAUAUGCCAAGACACACAAAGAGAUCGAAAUUACGUUCCCACUAUCCCACGGUGACAAGACAUAGUACACAAUAUGCAUACAAGUAAACACAAAAAAGUAAAAACAAGAAGGCACAAACAAUGAAUAAAUAAGAGUGAUGAAUAAAUAAACAAAUAACAUAAUAAAUAUAAGAGAAGCAAAAAUGGAGCAAGUGUGCAUACAGCAGACAGUGGACUUGGAUAUGCCGCUUUAAAGUGUUAAUUGCUUUAUUUGAUUUUUUCUCUAUUUUUCAUGUUUUGAAUAUGUUCAAGAUAAAGAUAUAAAAGCAUGUGAAGUGAUCAACUAUACUAAAAAUAACAUGUGGAGUGGUCAACUAUACUUGUAAGUAAGUGAUGUGUUAAUGAUCAAGUAAAAAUUUGUGGAAAAAAAACAUAUAGGUCGCUCCUGAGUAUAGGUCGCCCCUCCCACCCAAACUAUGAAAAAAACCGCAACUUUUAGUCCGAAAAUUACGGUAGAUUGGUGUGGAUGAUUUGCCAAGUAAUUAUUGUUCAGCUAUUUGUAUUUGAAUCAUUUCUAAAAACCAAUUUAGUAUAUAUUAGUGAUGCACCGAUCGGACUUUUUCAGUUUCGAUGCCGUGGCUUUGCGUAUCGGUCGAUACCCGAUACCGAUCCGAUAUUAUGGUUGACUUAACAAGUGGAACAGAAAAGGCUAAAGGCAAUGGCAUCAGGCAUGACUACACAGUUCUUUGCUCUAAAUUCUCAUUUAAGCAGCAAUGAGAAGUGCUCCCUGAAAACAAGCUCUGCUUAGUUGAACACACAAAAAAACAUUCAAAAUUAUUUCUAAAAACUGAAAGUGCAGAGUGGAAUUAAAAAUAAAAUAUAGCAUCGGGACAAGAGAAUACUGACUUGGUCAAAUACAAUAAUCAAGCAAUGUAAACAUGUCUCUACAUAGUUGUGAAGCUCAUGGCAUCUACAUCUCUUAAUUCUUGUGACAAGUGUUCGCACACUUUCUCAUACAUUUCUGACAGUGCGGUCUCAGAAAAAUACUUGCGCGAUGGCAAAUUGUACAAUGGGACGUCCAAUGCGUGUUCGCUUAGAGGGAACAUUGUGUGUGUAUAUAUAUAUAUAUGGAUUGUUGUGUAUUGUUUUUGUGAAACAAUGUGCACUUGGUCUUAUUUUGAAAGUUGUAUCGGAUCAUGUAUAGAAGUGUGUUGUUACCAUUAUUGAAAUGAAUUAGCAAUAAGAAUGUUCUUAUGAACCCAAUAUUUUUAGUCACAGUCAAGUAACGGUAAAUGAUCCUAGGUCAGUCACCCAAUCUUUAACUUACCUGGUAUGUUUUCUGAUUUCCAAGGCAAGUUACAUUGUUUCAUUUUGAAUUUCAUAGCCACGUGACAUUUUACACUAUUUGUUGAUACUCUGCCACCCAAAAAUAUUUUCAGUAAAAUAUAGUAUUUUUAAUAAUUGUAACCACUAAGCACCACAUUUUAUAAUUUGACUGAAAUGUACUCUUUACUGUGUACUUGUUUGAAAGGAAAUGUAUGACUGGUCUUUGCUGCCAACCAAUGGAUACCAAUUUGUUAGAUUUCAUCUGUCACAGUUUGUGUUGGAUUAAAGAAGGAAAAGAUUGCCACAAUGAACCCCAAGGAUCGCUAGGUUUAACUUUCUAAAAUAAUGCCUGUUGUAUUUAAGACACAUUAAUUUCAUUGCUUUUACGCUAAAAUUAAGUUGUCACAUUUUUGUGUUAUUUUCCAGAUCUGUUGUACAUUCACAUGAAAUGACUGUAUUUGAAUGUGAAAUAUAGGGUCUAUUUGAAAGUUUGAUACUGUGUUUAUUGUACAGAUAGUGGUAUGUUAGCUACGGUGGAUUUUGAGUGAUUUGACUGACCUGACUUCACAAAUGUAAAAUAUUAUAAAUAAAAUAAGUUUUCCUAUA